CAUGCCCCGGAAAUCAUCGUUCUACAGUCCUGAUUCUGUUGCCGACAGAUGGAGGCUACUCUUGUGUCUGAGAAGCCUGUGCCGCUCAACUUGUUUGCAAACGAUGAAACUGUCAUGAGGUUCAAGGAUGACCUUAGAGAAGAGACUGUCGGGGUUCGAGAAGUCUCUGACAAACAGGAUGAUAUUGUAGAGCCCAAUCGCGCUGUACCAGCGCCACAAAACGACAACAGCAAUUGGGCGCAGGACCCUACGUAUGAGACAGCAGAGGCACCAGGUUCGACGCAUACUAUCGCGCCAGACGAUCACACAAGAAACACUGAGAAAACCGACGAUAUCGGGGCGUUUCCAGACCAAGAUGACUGGCAGAACAGAAUCAAAAGCUUGCCACGAAUUCCUGCUGUCAGGAUGAUGAACUUCGACCAAUUCAAGAACCGCCAUGGACUGGAGAAUGGCAUUCAUAUUAUCGAGGUUCUCCGAGCUGGUUCAGGCACGAAGAACGAAAUCAAUAACUCGCAGCUUGAACCCACCAGAGGGACAAAGAAUCAUACCGCGGAAGACCCUGAUCUCAACGGAACCUGGAUUCAGCGGGUUCGAAUUCAGUCAGAACCUAUCAUGCGCUAUGUUCAAUAUGUCGCAGGGGCCAGUGGCUUGGACGUCACCCGACCAUGGACUUUCUUUCGGCCGUUCCAUUUCUUUAUCAUCUUUCGUUCAAAGUUGAAGGAAGAACUCGAGAACUUGGAACGGACAUGGGCCUAUGCCGAGAGGUUGGAUUCUUCUGGCCUCAAGCAAACGGCGACAGCGGAAACUAAAGCGAGGGAAACGGCGCCGGUUCAAGACAAGAAGAGUGACCCUGAUGCCGACGACAAUAAGCAACCAGAGAUGGAUCCCACUGGGCCCGAAAUGAGCAGCAUCACUGCCUUGAGACAUAUGAGGUGUUUUGUGGAGUUCAUCGACAGAGAGAUAUACCCCAUAUUUGAGCGCUACAGGGGAACCUCCCAGCAAAAGGUCCGCUUCGGUGAUCUUUGGUUGCUCCUCAAGUAUAACGAGAUGCUUUACUCUCCUCCCGAGGGCGAAGAGUAUCAAAAUUCAAGCCAGCCCAUGUCACCAAAAGCGAAGUCAAUGAGUCAAACAGUGUGGAAGCUCUGUGGAGAAUGGAUCCCCACCCCGAAAGAUGGACACCCCCACGACUUGGGAGAGGAUUCCCAGGAAUAUCAAGCGACAUGCUAUUACAUCGACCAUGACGGUGAGUCAUAUGGAGCCGUUAAACAUGUCUUCAAGAUCCAGUACUUCGAAGGCGAGAAAGAUAUCACUUCUCUGCCCGUAUACCCGCUGCGUUUUGCCAAAGACGCUGAACAGAUCUUUUCCAGGCUCAAAGCACAGGGCGAAAGAUUUCAGUCAUUGAUUAACGAGAGACACCUUCGCUAUGAGGGAUGGACGGUCAUCUACAGUCCUACGGGGAAGUUGGAGACGGACUUCAAGACACCCGAGCACAUUGAGAGUGAAGUGAUCAUUGACUUGGCCGAGGGUUACCAGCGAUACCCGGCAUGUAAACCUGAAUUUGUCAGGUAUUAUCUCGAUACGGACUUUUGGUCCCUGGGAGAAGACAAUAUCGAAAUUAAGCAUUGGUCUGAUGCAAAACGGACGAUGUUGCUACAGGCCACCAAGGAAAAGUUGGUUCUGGCAGACCCCUCAUUCAACCGGAAUUACAAUAAUUGGCUAAAAGGCCAGCCGUCGUUUCAGAUAGGUCUGGAAAGAGAGCUCACUCAAGUGACAGGAGAAGACCUUGCACUUUUCCCGCGGCGAUUGAUGGCGUAUGUGUUACGGGAGAGAAAGUUCGUAAUGGUAGACAUCGGGUCGCUGCAGCCAGUGAUGGCGCAUACAAAUGCUUUUCGAGAUCUGAAAAUCAAGCCCAGCCACAAGCGCACCGUGAUGUCACUCGUCCAGGCGCAUUUCAAGCGGGAAGAAUGGCGAAAGAAACACCCGCGAGUCGAACUCAACCAAGAUCUCAUUCCGGGCAAAGGCAGCGGUUUGAUUAUCCUGCUACACGGUGCCCCUGGCGUGGGCAAAACGGCUACUGCGGAAACAGUUGCUCAGGCCGCCAAAAGGCCACUCUUUGCCAUCACCUGCGGCGAUUUGGGACUGACCCCGAGUGAGGUUGAAGAGGCGCUCAGUAACAUCACCCGCCUGGCCCACCUCUGGGGCUGUGUGCUACUCCUGGAUGAGGCGGACAUAUUUCUGUCUCGAAGAGGUAUAACCGAUUUCAAACGGAAUGCUCUUGUCUCAGUCUUUCUCCGUGUGCUCGAAUAUUACAGCGGUAUUCUCUUCCUCACUACCAACAGAGUUGGGUCGAUCGACGAAGCAUUCAAGUCUCGCAUUCACAUGAGCUUGUACUAUGAGCCUUUAAAACGGACUCAGACUCUGGCCAUCUUCCAGACCAACAUUGACCGACUUAAGAGAAUCGAACUCAAGAGACAGGAGCAGGCUCGGGUCGAAAACUGGAAAGAGCCACCGUUGACUAUCAAUGAAGAGGGCAUUCUAGACUAUGCCGGAUGGUAUUACGAUUCCUUCCCAGAAGCGCGCUGGAAUGGACGGCAGAUCCGCAAUGCUUUCCAAGUCGCAUUUUCUCUCGCUCAGUACGACACAAGGAGAAGCUCACUGGAUAGCUGGGGAGAGAGUGCAGAACCGGAGGAUGAGGAGGCAUCCGCCGGCCCAACCCUGGAUUGGAUCCAGUUCGAGCGGGUCGCCGAGGCGAUCGACCAGUUUGAUAUCUACUUGCAGGAAGCGACGGGAGUCACGGACCUAGACGCUGCGCGGGUCGACCGCGUCCGGGCUGACGACUUCGACUACCGCCGAACCGCACCUCGACCGCGAUAUCAGCCCGCACGACUGACCAGCGAGAGACCCGUCGAGAUCCAGUUUGCUCGACCUGACGCCUUUCGCCCCAAUCCUCGUUCCAACCCACCUCGGCGUCUCGCUCCAGGUCGAGGAAAUCCUGCAAGCCAUAAGCACAUGGCCAGCCACGGAGGCCUGUACGAGCUGAGUCGACGGCGCUAUCAGCCGGGUCAGGGCGCUUCUGCAGGUCUCGCACCGCGCUGGCCUCAAGGCCGAAGCGGCAAUUCGGUUCCGGCGGACUGGGAUGACGAAGCCUCUAUCUACGCGGAUGACGCGCAGAUGUUGGACGAUGCUGAUUAUAAGGAGGCCUCGUAUGCGCGUGAAGAUGAUUUUGACGAUGAGGACAGGUAUUAA